CUGAAGAAAGACAAAACGCAGUCAUCUUGUGAAAGAGAAGUUUUACUUUACGAAGUGUAGUGCUACGAAAAUUUAGUUUUUCAACGCGAAAAUUAUCCCAAAACCAUAAAAAUCAAUCGAUCCAAUGUACGUGCUGGUGUGUUCCACAAUUUGCACCAAAAAUGCGGACCUUGAGCGGCGGUAAAACGCUGCUUCCGUUCAAGUUUCAACUGGUCGCAUUUUUUCGCUGAGCUCUCCUUACUACCACCAUUACUGAAGUAAAAUCCCGUUCGUUGUCUCGCUGUGGGAGCUGUUUUUCGCAUCUGGUUUUUCUUGUAAUUACUGGUUGCGGGGCAAAACUUGGAAGUUCGAUUGAACGUGACACGGAAAAUACCAGAGAAGAGUGCCGCAGGCUGAACUAAGAAGGCUUCCUCGCUCCUUUGUAGGGCUCGGGUUUGCAGCAAAAGUUACAAAGAUAGAUACCGUGUGGGGUUGGGCCUCUGCCCCGCUGCGCCUUGCGGCUAACAGAAUGGGCGACGUUCUGAUCUCCGAUCGACCCCCGUCUCCAGCGAGACUUUCACACACGUCGGAAAAGCAUCCGCGUGUUACGCUAACUGAACUGAACGUGCUCCGUCGGCAUCGAGAGUUGUGUGACGUGGUGAUAAAUGUAAGCGGGCGGAAAAUCUUCGCCCAUCGGGUUAUUUUGUCAGCAUGCAGUCCGUACUUUCGGGCCAUGUUUACCGGCGAGUUGGAAGAAUCUCGCCAGACUGAGGUGACCAUUAGAGAUAUCGAUGAAAACGCAAUGGAACUGUUGAUUGAUUUUUGUUACACUUCUCACAUCGUCGUCGAAGAGUCCAACGUACAGACGCUGCUUCCAGCGGCAUGUUUGCUGCAAUUGGCCGAGAUUCAGGACAUUUGCUGUGAAUUCUUAAAGCGCCAGUUAGAUCCGACAAACUGUUUGGGCAUUAGGGCAUUUGCUGAUACGCACUCAUGCCGCGAACUGCUUCGAAUUGCAGAUAAAUUCACGCAGCACAAUUUUCAGGAAGUGAUGGAGAGCGAAGAGUUCCUGCUGUUACCGGUCGGUCAACUGGUUGAUAUCAUCUGCAGUGACGAGUUAAACGUCCGUUCCGAAGAGCAGGUCUUCAAUGCAGUGAUGGCCUGGUUGAAGUACAAUGUUGCCGAACGUCGUCAACAUUUGGCCCAGGUGUUGCAACACGUACGAAUGCCGUUGCUCAGUCCAAAAUUUCUCGUUGGGACAGUAGGAUCUGAUUUGCUGGUGCGAUCCGAUGAAGCGUGUCGUGAUUUAGUAGACGAAGCGAAAAACUAUUUGCUGCUUCCGCAAGAGAGACCUCUAAUGCAAGGACCUCGUACACGACCAAGGAAACCCACAAGACGAGGUGAAGUGUUGUUCGCUGUUGGUGGCUGGUGUUCAGGCGAUGCGAUUGCCUCUGUCGAACGCUUUGACCCGGAGACGGCAGACUGGAAGAUGGUCGCUCCGAUGAGCAAGCGUCGUUGUGGCGUAGGUGUUGCUGUGUUGAAUGAUCUGUUAUACGCUGUCGGAGGACACGAUGGUCAGAGUUAUCUGAAUAGCAUCGAACGAUACGAUCCGCAGACAAAUCAGUGGAGUUGUGAUGUCGCUCCGACGACCAGCUGUCGAACAAGUGUUGGCGUUGCUGUGUUGGACGGGUUUCUCUAUGCCGUCGGUGGCCAAGAUGGGGUUCAGUGUUUGAAUCAUGUCGAACGGUACGAUCCGAAGGAGAAUAAGUGGUCAAAGGUAGCACCGAUGACCACGCGUCGGCUUGGUGUGGCCGUCGCUGUGCUCGGCGGUUAUCUGUACGCCAUCGGUGGCUCGGAUGGUCAGUGUCCAUUGAAUACGGUCGAGAGGUACGACCCGCGACAGAACAAGUGGUGUGCCGUCAGUCCUAUGUCGACCAGGCGGAAGCAUUUGGGGUGUGCUGUGUUUAACAACUUCAUCUACGCGGUUGGCGGUCGAGAUGACUGCAUGGAAUUGUCUUCGGCGGAACGAUACAACCCGCACACGAACUCAUGGAGUCCGAUCGUGGCGAUGACGUCCCGGAGAAGUGGGGUUGGUCUGGCAGUUGUCAAUGGUCAGCUCUACGCCGUCGGGGGUUUCGAUGGUACCGCCUAUCUGAAGACCAUUGAAGUGUACGAUCCGGAAACGAAUCAGUGGCGCCUUUGUGGUUGUAUGAACUAUCGACGACUCGGUGGCGGCGUGGGAGUCAUGAGGGCACCGCAAACCGAGAAUUACAUGUGGAUACGCAAAGAUUCUGUUGUUUAACAUUCAUACACAUUCGACUAGUUUAUACAUUGAAACAGUUCACAAAAUCCUUCGCACGCCCUUUGAGGGCUGUGUGGAAUAGCGCAAGAUAUUGAUAAAAAUCGGAUAUUUCAUAUCGGCAGGAAUUUGCACGAUCGCGAAAAACGUUGCGAGUUUACUCCAUUUCAGGGAAGAAACACAAUUAUUACAUACUAAAGAAAGUAACGACUAUCAGGAAAUCUCCAUUAGUGGUAGCAUUCGUGGUAGUCGAUUUGAAGAAUUGUAAAGUUAGUCAAAAUUAAGAAAAUCCAGUUUUUGAAAUGAUUCGAAGUAUUUUGAUUUAAUAUCAAUACCACUAAACACCUUUUUUAAUAAACGAAAACUUCAUAACUCACAACUGAAACUGAAAACUGCACUUGCACACGCUAGAUGGUAGAAGAAAAAUACGCUAACUUAGUUAAUCAGUUCAGUUAGGUACACAUCACAUCGACGCUAGAGGCCUGAGCAAAGUCAGUUGCAUGUUUGAAUCAGCUUUAACACAGCUCCUGUCGCAGGUUAUGCAAAACGUAUUCACGUAUUCGUGUAUUCCAUUUGUGUUCCAAAGUCAUUUUCACACUACGCGCUGCCAAUAUGUGCUCUAUUGUGUUAAAUCGAUGUGUUUUUGUUUCGCAGAUCAUGCACUGUGGGUGUUAACACAUAUAAUCAUUUUGCGAUUUUUUGUUUGUUUGUUUGUUUCGACUUCAUCUCGCCUUCUAAUGCAACACGUAAUUUUUAAAUGUUUUUUAUAACAUUUAUGUCGAAUUUUAACGCCUAGAGUCGUUACUAUCCCUAACGGAAACGGUUAAAGACGAAAUAUUUGCAAAAAAACUAGAUUAAAUAAUUCUCAUUGUGAUUAAUGUUAAGAUGAACUAAAAAAAAGUAUUAGUUUUAAGAAACGGUGAUCACUUAUUUUAUUCGAGUAACGGUCCACCUUGUAAUCGGAACCCGUUUGAUCGUUAGACUAUCGAGAUGUUUGAGCUUUAAGAUUGGGCUUGCGCAGCUUUCUGAAGCAGAACAAGAAAGAGUCUUCGAUCACGCCUCAGUGUAGCACGUAAAAAAAAUACCGCUGAUAAGCGAUGUUACUUUCAGCUAGCUUUUUGACUAUGAUUUUUUCCUCGUUUACAAGCUGAGAAAUUGCAAUGAAAAUAAAUUAUUACUAAAGAAAGGAAAUUGUUGAAUAUAAAAAUGUAGAUAAUAGAAUUAAA